CUAGUUGACGCCAACCCGUGAGCCGCCUCUCUCAUCAGGCGAUGGGGAUCCCGAGCCCACUCGAUGAACCGGAUAGGCUUUUUGCCCGGCUUUGCUUUGUGAGAUGCUCGGCGGGGCGCUCAAAUCGAGUACGGGCUAAUACUCCCCAAGUGAGGGCAUGAUACGAGGUGAUGAUCGUUCGACUGGAUCAAGAUAUAAAGUCUUCUCAUUGCCCUCUUUCUUAUAGAGCUGGUCUUUGAUCAUCAUCCCACUCAUCAUCAUCAUCAGCUCCACCAUAUUGACUAUUCGUCUCCCAUCUUUAACCUUCAACAUGCGUUCCGCUCUCAUUCUUGCGGCCGUCGCCGGCUUUACCACCGCCAACCCGGUUACUCCUCGUAGCACAACACCUCAGGGCGGCAUUGACCUGAGCGUCUUCGAUGCUGAGACCAAGCCGACCAAGGUCGGCCCGGCCGUCGGUGCCACCUCCGAGAAGCCAACCUACAACGCGGCACAGGCACAAGCCGCUGCCGCCCAAGACGCGGUUGAGAACCCCGUCGCAGCUGCAAAGCCGAGCGUGAAGGCUCGCGAUUCGACCUGCACCGGCUCCAACCAAGAGCCCGACGGCUAUGGUCCUGUGCCCUCGCCCGACACCUACAGUUCCUUCAUGUCGUCGGCUGAGCUCAGCAACGUUGCCAGCGCAGCGGUGGUUCCUCAGGGAUAUAGCUCGGCCUUCAACGGACUGCAAGCCUCCGUCUCUGGCCCGUCAUACCAGGGUCUCUACACCCUGCGGACGUACGACCCCAUCCAGUGCCAACAGUACUGCGACGCCGCUCCUGCAUGCUACAGCUUCAACCUGUUCAUUGAGAGAGACCCCAAGUUCACCCCGAGUGACACCUGCGUCGACCCGGCGAGCAUGACCAACUACAAGUGCACGCUCUGGGGUGCCCAGCUGUCCGGGGGGGACGCUGCCACGAACCAGGGCCAGUGGAGAUACCAGUUCCAAGUCGGCAUCACUGGAUCCAACGGCUACAACAAGAACGCACCCCCGCCCCCGAGCCCCGGCUUCGACGGUCCGAUUGCUUUCGGUGGCGCCACCCAGGCCCCCAACUCAUACAUGGGCUCCAAGUACUACCCCGGCCCCUAUGACCCCAGCCAGUGUGCCAGCGCUUGCCUGGCAACCACCCAGUACGACCACGACCACCCGAACGCCGACGGCACCUACGACGCCUGCAACUUCUUCAACGCCUACGUCCUCAGCGAGAACAACGUCCCCCAGGGAACCUACUGCUCCAUGUACACCAAGCCUUGGGACAAGAGCUACAGCACCAACUACGGACAAUGGAGGGGCAGCGACUACUACUCAGUCUCGCAGAGCUACGGCUACACGCUCACGGCCCAGGACUCGGGCAAGAUCUAAGACGAGUUGCCACUCGUCCAAGGGCCUGGACCGCGUGGUCCGCCCGGCGCCGUCCGGGUGUGAUCCCCGCCUCCCUCCCGCGCCCUCCGAGAUGUGUCUGAGCGGGAGAAGCCGAAGGGCUGUAUCCGAGGACAGUGGCACGCGCCCACCGCC